AUGGAUAUCCAACGCCAGUUUCCCGGUGUCCACUGGAUCUGGAGCGGAGGCAUAUCUUUUGUGUAUGAGGUCCACCCUCGCAUCGUGGUCAAAAUCCCGAAGUCCGGGGGUUUUGAGAGAGAGCAAUUCCACAAAGAGCUGCAGAUAUAUCAAAUCUUCUCGGAGAAUCCGCCCUGUCCCUCGAUUGUGCAGUGUUUUUACUUUUCCAACAGUGGUAUCUUCCUCGAGUACAUGAGAGACAUGUCACUGUCUUCACGAAUCCAGAAGAAUCACACUCGAGACCAGCAAGCGAUGGUGGUGACCACGGUC